UUCACAAUGGCUACUUUGCUUAUCGCAAUCCUAGUGAUCAUAAUCACAGCUUUCAUAAUCGCUAAUUUCUGGCGUCCCAAAAACCUUCCACCAACAAUAUUCCCAAUCAUUCCAAUCAUCGGUCACCUUUAUCUCCUUAAAUCACCCCUCACAGAAACCUUAGCCAACUUAUCAGCUAGAUUUGGUCCGAUCCUUUUCCUUAAAUUCGGGGUUCGCAAUGUCCUCAUAGUAGCCGACCCUGUAAUUACCGAAGAAUGCUUCACCAAGACCAACGACGUCAUUUUCGCUAACCGCCCAAAGCUACUAUUUGCCAGAAUUGUCGCACAUAACUUCACCAACACGGCUUGGUUGAAUUAUGGCCCAGUCUGGCAAAACCUUCGAAAGAUCGAGGCAACCGAGUUCUUCUCGGCUGAUCGCAUAAGUCAGUUUUAUGACAUACGUGCGAAUGAAGGAAAAGUCAUGGUACAAGGUCUUUUGCCCGUGUCUGCUACUUCGAAGGUGGCCAACUUAAAAGCGGUAUUCGGUGACUAUUGUGUGAAUAACGUGAUUAUGGCGGUAGCAGGAAAAAGGUAUAGCGCCGAUGAUUUAGCGCUAGGGAGACAGCUUCAAGAUAUCGUUAGGGACACGUUCGCGUUGGGAAAUCCGUCCAACUUAGGAGAUUAUUUGCCGUGGUUGAAAUAUUUUGGAUAUAAUAAAGAUACCGAGAAGGCCAUGUGGGCAAUUGUCCAGAGAAGAGAUUCCUGGUUUGCUAAUUUGCUUGAAGAGUUUAGAGAAGGGAAAGGGGUUUUGAUUGACAAGAACAUUACCAUGGUUGGUGUGUUUUUAAAGCUACAAGCAGCGGAUCCCGAACAAUAUCCGGAUGAAUUUAUUACCCCCGUUAUGCUGAAUAUCUUAUGUGAUGCUAUUGCGAAAUGUUCUUCCACUCUGGAAUGGGCCCUUGCGUUACUGCUUAACAACCCACGUGUUCUCAAGAAAGCACAAGAAGAAAUCGACAGUAUUGUGGGCACUGACCGUCUUGUUGAAGAAUCUGACUUAAAUAACCUACCAUACUUGAAUUGUGUCGUGAAGGAGACGAUGCGAUUGUACCCUGUAGUCCCAGUACUAGUACCUCACGAGAGCUCAGAGGAUUGUGUAGUCAGUGGCUAUGACAUCCCAAAAGGAACUAUGCUCAUAGUCAACCAAUGGGGAAUCCAUCGUGACGCUCUCUUGUGGAAUGACCCGGAGAAAUUUUUCCCCGAAAGGUUUGAAUUGGAAAUAACACCUAAGCUUAAGUUUUUGCCAUUUGGGUUCGGAUUAAGGAUGUGUCCAGCAGAUGAUUUGGCUAACCCUUUGGUUGGGUUGGCGUUAGCUCUGGUUAUACAAUGUUUUAACUGGGAAAGGCUUAGUGACGAGUUGGUUGAUAUGACUGAAGGAGGUGGGCUCGUUUUGGUUAAAGCUCAGGCUUUGAUAGCCAAGUGUACACCACGUCCAAUAACCGAGAGCUUAACAUCUCAGGCUUCGAUACCCAAGAGUACACCACCACGUCCGAUCACGGAGUGCUAAACAUCUCAGAGUUGAUCAAGUCCGUGAAAAUCUUCACGAUCGAGUUCAACAGUUAUGGCUUUAUUUAUUUAAAACCA